AAUCAGGGAGAUCCUGUCCGUGCGACUGCUUCAAGAUCAACGGACUCGACAUUGUCCAACGCCGAGACUUUGGAGUUGUUUUCUCAUCUUUUGGACUUGAAGUUUGACCAGAAGUUCACUGCAUUCAAACGUGAUCUAGACGAUAAGCUGUCACUCAGUCCCAACUGAAGAAUUUUUUUUUCUUUUCAGAAGCUGAAAACGGAAUCCAAGGUUUCGAGUUCUUUUAACUUUAGUGGAAACAAAGUACAAAACGAGUUCAACAGCUCUCUACUGGAUGCAAUAGACGGGGCUAUCAAGACCAUCUCAAAAGGAAACCUUUUAGCAGGCAAUUCAGGUGAAUACUCUCAUUACUUAACGCAACAAGUUAAUUCGUUUCGCAGACAAGAGUCCCGCUGGCUGGACAGGACGGAAGAUAUGUAA